AUGAAUAAUAAUAAUAAUAUUUAUAAUCAUACACAUAAUUUAGAAUCAAUUACAAAAACAGAUAUAGAUAAUAAUAAUAAAAAUGAAAAAUUAUUUUUUUCAGUAUGGAGAAACAAGUAUCUAUUAAAUGAAAUACAAAGACACCACAGGUUAUAUAAUGAAAAUAAAAAAAUAAAUAUUAACAAUUCAAUGGAUCAACUUAGAUACCAUCCACACAGAAGAUAUGCAACAGAAAUUAUAAUUAAUGUUGGUGAACCAUUAGAACCACAUGGUCAAUUAAUACCCUAUGGUACAACCAAAUUAAAAUUCUUUGAUCGUUUUAAUAAACCAAUUCAAGCAGGCGAUAUUCCAACAACUGUCACUUUUUUAGAAUUUUCUACAACUAAUAAUUAUUCUCAUCGUUUCGAUAUUAAAUCAGUUGUCCCACCAAGUGUUACUGAAUUGCAUCUCGGUAUAAAUCAAGAAAUUUCACCAAAUACAUUACCACCAUCACUUACCAGUUUAAAAAUGGAAAUAGAUCAAGAUAUACCAAUUGGAACUUUCCCACAACCAUUAACUACGUUAUAUCAAAACAAAUUCAAUAGAACAAUUACACCUGGUUCAUUUGGUUCAAUUGUAAAUUUAUCCCUAGAAUCCUUUAAUCAACCUUUAAAAGCCGGUGAUUUACCUAUAACAUGUAAAUAUCUAUAUCUUGACUCUUACAAUCAACCUCUCCAACCAAAUAUUCUUCCCCCUGAAUUAAAAGAAUUAGAAUUAUUACGCUUUAACCACCCACUAUCAUACGGUGUACUUCCAGAAUCAAUCACUGAUCUAAACAUGAACUAUUUUAAUCACCCGCUAUCAUAUGGUGUACUUCCAGAUUCAAUCACCAAUCUAGGAAUGGACGACUUUGAUCACCCAUUAUCCAACUCUCUAUCGGCACUACAUUCAUUAAAAACACUCUUUUUGGGUAGUUUUAAUCAAGAGAUAUCAAUCCAAACAUUUCCGCACUCAAUCGAAAAAUUAAGUUUUUAUAAAUUUAAUCAAGUUAUAAAACCAAAUGUACUUCCACCAUCAAUAACUGGUCUCUUUUUAUAUGCAUAUAACCACCCACUUUCAGACGGUGUACUUCCAGAAUCAAUCACCAAUCUACGUAUGAACCACCUUAAUCACCCACUAUCCAACUCUCUAUCAACACUACAUUCAUUUAAAACACUCCACUUAGAAAGAUUUAAUCAAGUUAUAGAACAAAAUGAACUUCCAUCAAUAACUCAACUCAAUUUAUUAACAUUUAACCACCCACUUUCAGACGGUGUACUUCCGGAAUCAAUCACUUUUAUAACUAUGAAAGACUUUAAUCACCCAUUAUCCAACUAUCUAUCAACACUACAUUCAUUAAAAACACUCCUUUUACAAAGUUUUAAUCAAGUUAUAAAACCAAAUGAACUUCCAGAAUCAAUCACUUUACUGCGUAUGAACAGCUUUAAUCACCCAUUAUCCAACUCUCUAUCAACACUACAUUCAUUAAAAACACUCAUUUUACAUGCAUAUAACCACCCAUUAGAACCACAAGUAAUACCUCCAAACGUGGAACAUUUAGAGUUAACAUCAUAUAAUUGUAAUCUUGGUAAACAUUUAUUCCCAAAUACUUUACAGCAUUUCGUUAUUUCAAAAUAUUCAAAUGAAUUAUUGGAAAAUGAUUUACCAUCAUCAAUUACAGAACUUAAUAUUGAAUCGAAUUAUACUUCAAAUCCAAUCCGAUUUCAAAUUAAUUCAAUACCACCAUCAGUAAAAAAAUUAAUACUCCCAAUUGACCAUUCCCAACCUCUUCAAGUCGGUACUAUACCCAAUUCAGUAGUAGAUUUAGAGCUACCCAGACACUAUUCCCACCCUCUUCAAGUCGGUACUAUACCCAAUUCAGUUACACAUUUAACAUUACCUAAAGUAUUUAGUCCUCUCCAAGUAGGUGUAUUACCAGAAUCUCUCACUAAAUUGACAUUUAGAAGAGGAUUUGAUCAACCUAUAGACCCAGCUACUAUUCCACAAUCUGUUACUCAAAUAUCAUUACAUUAUGAUUAUAAACACCCAAUACCAAACUCUUUAAUAAAUAUAAUAAAAAAAUUUUUAUAA